AUGGCUCCUUCAGCAAAGCGCAAGCGAACCACGACCAAGUCUACGCCGAACAAACGCCGAAACAAGAAACCCCCGACGAGCAGGCCCGACGAGCCUACCGACGUCGAGUAUAUCGACGACAACUGGUAUACGGUCAAGAGCAUCCUCGACGAGAGAAUCACAGAGAACGGCGACGUCGAGUACUACAUCGACUGGGAGGGCACUGACCCUAAGACCGGGCGAGCAUACAAGCCGACGUGGGAGAAACCGGAGGAUAUCACAGAGUUAUGCAUCGUCGACUGGAACGAGAGGAAAGCUGAAGCUGCAAAGGCACAGCGAGCACAGCGAGCUGCUCGUAGACUAGCAAAAGAAGAGCAUUCGCAACUCCCGCUCAAACCUCCGCCGCGUCGAAAUCGCAAGUCCCGCGUCGUUGAGAGCAGCUCCGAAUUGUCCUCGGUGGUCCCCUCAGACCGAUCCACCCCUGCCCAGUCUACGCCCGAGCAGUCCUCUACGAAUACUUCCCCCGCUGGCCCCGCACCAGACCGUCCGUCUCCACUUGUCCAGAUCGACCCGCGAAACAGCUUCGACCCAGACGAGUACGAGCGCUACUCGCAGCUACCCGCAUCGACCUGUUCUUUAUCCCCAACGCGGCUUUUUGACAGCUCUCAGUCAUCAUACACAGGGCCGCGCGAUUUUCGGUCUUCCGGCGUCGUUAGAGACUCAGAGGACGAAGACGCGGAGGAGAGCUAUAUUCCUACUACGCAGGGUGCAUCUACUGUCAGCUCUAGCGAACAGCAGAGCUCAGCUACAGAGAACCUUACAGCAUCUACUUCGCUCGAAGAGCUAGGCCCUGCGUCACCUGCUAUUUCUAUCCCAGAGACCGAGCCAGACAUUGUCGCGGAUUCGCAGACCCAAGAUCAGCAGUCGCAGUCUCAGUCUCAGUCUCAACCGGAAGAGCAGAUAGAGGUUCUGGAUUCGUUUGAGACAGUCGUAUCCUCUUCUCAACAAACGUCGCAGCAGGUGCACGAGCAAGAGCAUGAGCAGCAGCUCCUGACGGAGGAACCACGCGAGUAUCAGGACAUCAGCGAAAUUAUAUCUCGGCCCGCUGAAGGCCCAGUAGAGGAGCAUAACGGCGCGGAGGAUAGCGCGGAGCAGAUCACUCUCCUCGACUCGACUGAGCAGCAGCUCUCGACUGAAGAGCCACGCGGGCAUCAGGACAUCAGCGAAGGUAUAUCUCAGCUGGUUGAGAACCCAGUAGAGGAGCAUAGUGACGAAGAGAAUAGCGCGGAGCAGACCACUCUCCCGGACCCGACCGCGUCUCAACCUACACCAGAAGCACCAGAACCGGAGAAGCAUCAGAGUACUAUUUCCGAGCAGCCCGUUGCCGCCCACCCUAUCGAGGUGCGAUCAAGCGCAGAGCAGACCACUGUUCUCGACUCUACCGCACCUCAACCUACACCAGAAGCACCAGGACCAGAGAAGGAUCAAAGUGCCAUUUCCAAUCAACCCGCUGCCGCCGGCCCUAUUGAGGCCGCAAAGGUACGGUCAAGUGAGCAACAGGACGGUACCAAAGACCAGUCUGCAUCUCGUAGGGCAAGCAACGCCCUUGGGGUCCAGCACAGUAACGGCGAGCGGUCUUCGCUGUUACUUGAUCAGGCUUGGUCUCCCUCAACAGAGCCGCAUCACACCCAAGAUCUUGUUAUCGCGGAGAACACUCCUCGGUCCGACGUUCGACCUUUGGUUCGUUCCACAGAGUACUCAGCCAUCCCCGAAGCAGUAGAAAGCUCUGCUUCGCCAGCAACACAAUCCGUUGCAGACCGCGGCAACAGCGAGAGUGGUGCGGGAGAGCAGCGCGUCUCUCAAGUGCCCGCGGGUAAUCAGGUCGCAUCUGGUGAACAGCCAGUGGCUUUGACACAAGGACAUAGCCACGAAGAAGCAGCUCUGUCUCUCCCCCCAGCAAGCGGAACGAACGACGCAGUUACAAGGGCCAGCGCCGCCCUUCAGAGUGUCGUCGAGGACAGUGUGGAACGCCGCGAUUUUACGGUUGAGUCCCAGGACUCUAAUUCUGGAAGUUCCGAAACCCGCGUUAACAGCUCGGGACAGCCGUCAAUUUCCCGAGGUGCACCCGAACAAGACGCACAGGUUGUGCAAGUAGAUCCGUACUUGAGUACACCAGACACCCCCGAAAGCAUCCGUCCAACGGUUGAAAAGGACGAGAACGCGCUCGAACAUUCAGCUAGGCCGCCUUCACGGCACGACUCAUCUCAACAGACUCCGGAGCCUCUAACAUCAGCGCACGGUUCCUCGCCUGCGCCAAGACCUCCCGAAUAUUCACUCGGAACCCCAGCAACCAACGCCCCGCCUCCACCUCGGCCUCUAACUCCAGCGAAUUCUUCUCCCUUGUCAGCAACCAUGGACGACACCGCCAACGACUUUGGGAAGAAGAUGAGAGAGUUAAUCGAGAGAAGACAGCGAGAACACGAUGCCACUUACACGCCCACCCGGAGGGUCCUGAAGUCCGCCAUGUUUGCCUCAGCGGGCACUCGAUCCCCUUCCGCAAUUCCCGACCGCUCUCCUCUUCCACAAGUUCCAACAUCACUGCGAACAGUCGCCACGACCAGCUCAGCCCUGGCUCGACCACCACAAGAAGCAGCGCCAGCCCCACCUCAAGACGAGGGUGAAAGCGGGGGCUCCGACAGCAACGUUGCCCCCAUCGCGCCCAUUGCCCCGCCGUCCACCGAUUCCGAACUUAGCGACGCCUCCGAUAACGAGAGCUUGCUCAACGACGACCUGCAGUUGCUACCACAAGAGUUCAUCGUCCCUCUCCCCAUAGAGGGGCGACAGGCCAGCAUGUACAGAGACGAGAUCAAGCAUAGCAAGGACAUACUGAAGGCCUUUGCUGAGGACCCUCAGGGAUUUUCCGAGCUAGACAAUGUUGACAAGGUACUGCAGCGGCUACGUGGCAUCGAGACACAUGUGGAUCUUAUCUACAGCGGAAGCCGCACCUCGCAAGUCAUCGGAGCAUCCACGCAGGUUCAGCACCAGGCGCAAUGGAGCCUCGACAAUUCUGUCAAGUUUAGGUUCUUCGGCACGCUAUUACACAAACUACGGGAGCGCGACAUGCAUGUCAUACUCGUGAUCGAGAAGGACGAUGAGCGCCUGUUCGACAUAGUCGAGACGUUCCUGAGGGGCAAGUUCGUCAACUUCAAGUCCCCCACGCGUGGUCGACAAGCGGACCUCGCACAUGUUGAAGGCAACGUAAUGGUGACGGUGCUAUCGAGCGAGUCUAGUCCCGUUGUACGACCGCCAGAUCUCGUCGUCUGCCUUGAUGGCUGCCUCGAAGCCGCACAGAUCCGGAAGAAGAGUUGGGCUAUGAACCCAGACCGAUCUGUAGUUCCGCUCAUCCACCUAGUCAUUCCCAGGACAGUUGACCAUAUCCAGCGAUACGUCUCUCAAAACCUCAACCCCCGGCGACGAUUGCACACCAUCAUCGCAAGCCUGGCACAGUUCCAGGGUGAAUAUGGACAUGCAAUGUAUGCGCACGGUCCUCGAACAGAUGUCGCAGCUGAGGGCGUCGUUGCUUUCCUCGUCGCAAGCGAAGAAGACGGCCAAGCCCAGGCUGACUGGCCUCUCCCGACUAUUGGUAGCAUCAAGGACCUCAUCGAAUUCCAAUCACAGCAGUCGCAAGAAACUAUCACUUCGCCGCCGCCUGGUCCUGCGGCAUCGGCGAAGCGACCCUUGGACGCCGAGGCCCUCGAUCCCGCCAAACGCAUGCGCUUCACGCCACAGCCGCAGGCACAGGCCCAAACCGGCUCGAGCGAGAACAACGAGAUUACGCACAUAAGCGACUCCCUUCCCGGAACAGAGGCACAAGUCUCAAAGCUGCAAGAACAACUAGCAGAGAAAGCUGAAGCGCUUCAGUCAGAGAAAGCUUUGCGCAAAGCAACUGUGAAGAAGUUCCGCGAGCACCAGGUGAGCUGGGACAAACAGCAAACUGUGCAUGAAGGGCUUAGAGAAUCCUACAAUAUCCUAAAGAAGGAGAGGGAGACCGCCACGAAGCAGCUUGAGGCUGCGAACAAGCGAGAAGCCCUACUACGCGAGCGUCUCGAUGCGAAAGCUACCGAGCAUACGGACCUUCAGACCCGCUUCAAACAGCUCCAGGAUAUAGCCCUGCUCUCAGAGGACGAGAAGACCGCCGAGAUUGCGCGCCUGCUGAAAGAACUCGCCGACUCAAAGGACGCUGAACGGCGCGCCUUUAAGAAGGCUGAAAACAGUGACAAUAUGCUCGAAUAUACUAAGGAGCAGUACCGUGACGCUCAAGAAUCCGCGGCGGACAGCUCAGCCCAAAACAAAAUCCUAGCCGCUAAACUUGCGAACGCAGAGCGCAAAGCAGCCGGUGAAGCCGCCACCCUCCAGAGGCUGCACUACGAGCGCCAGGAUAAACUAGUGAACCAACAACUGGAGAGCGCACGGACUCAGAACGCUAUCUUGAAGAGGCAGCUUCAGCAGAAGGAGGAGGAGCUGGCUCGGAUCAAGAACUCGCGGGGUGUCGGCGUGGAAUCCGACAUCAUCUGCGAGGAAAGCCCCGGAGCCUACCGUCAUCGAAGAAUGUCCAAGGAUCCGGUUGCUAUUCAAGCCGAGAGAUGCGGUCGAGGCCAAGGAGCGCAAUGGCUGUGA